UGACCACUUGUAAACAGAACUAAGGCAUACCUCUAUGUAUCUGGAACCACAUCAGUUUUCAAAAGAGUGUGAAAGUGUUUCAUUAUAGCCUUGAAAUAUUGGGCCUCCAAAUACGAUCAAAGCAGUUGAUAUCUAUCUGAGUCUCAUCGAACCUAUCGGCAUAUUCUUUUCCAAUUGCUCAAAUUUAGUAGCCUUGAAUGGAUGAAUAUUUUUAGUGUUGGCGUCUACUAACGGUGGCUUGCAAGGCCCUGUAUAUGACCAGCAGAAGCGUACUACAAAUACUUCAUACAUUUGCACCGAAUGUGUGGAAAACCUAUUAACCCGUCUUAAUUCGCUCCUGCAUUGACAGUUUUGUCGUUUCCUUGGGUUUGUUUUGGGGGAAGGCUAACGCUUUGUUCUCACUUUUUAGGCACAGACUUGAUUAUACUUUCCUCUUUAUGUUAAAGGACUCUUCUCAAGGGAACAGUAUUUACCAACUUGAUAUGCUGAAAAAUUUGAAAUCCAACUUCAAAGCUCUGCAGGUUGUCGGUGGAAAUGUUGUCACAUGUGCUCAAGCAAAGAACCUUAUCGAUGCAGGGGCUGACGCACUACGUAUUGGCAUGGGGAGUGGUUCAAUUUGCAUCACUCAAGAGGUCACCGCAGUGGGUCGGUCACAAGCAAAAGCGGUUUACAAAGUGUCUCAAUACGCGCGAUCGCGUGGAGUGCCUUGCAUCGCAGACGGGGGUAUUCAAAACGUUGGCCACAUAGUUAAGGCCUUCAGUUUAGGUGCCUCGUCCAUCAUGAUGGGUGGUCUGCUCGCUGGCACUUCUGAAGCACCUGGUGAUUAUUUCUUCUCCGAUGGAGUGCGUUUGAAAAAGUACCGCGGAAUGGGCAGCCUUGAAGCCAUGAACCAUCACAGUUCCAGUCAGGCUCGCUACUAUAGUGAGGCUCAGCGAGUCAUGGUCGCUCAGGGUGUCUCGGGCACUAUCAUGGAUCGUGGUUCUGUACAUCAAUUAAUCCCUUAUCUUGUCGCCGGUGUACAGCACGGAAUGCAACAAAUUGGCGCGAACAAUCUAAAGCAUUUGACAGACAUGUCCUACUCAGGUCUGCUCCGAUUCGAACUCCGAAGCUCAUCUGCUCAAUUGGAGGGAGGUGUCCAUAGCUUGCACUCCUAUGAGAAACGGCUGUUUUAGCCGAUCACUCGGUGCGUCAAACCCAACAUUGUUGUCCCUUUUACGAACCCAUCGCUUACAGCGCCUCCUACUUGGUGCCCGUUCAUCCGGGUCGAUUUUGUCACGCACAUGAGAUUUUGUUCUCUCGUUAAUUGAUUUUUUUAUCUUAUACACUUGGAUACAUUAUAUCAUCAA